UCUGACAGCACCCUCACCUCCCAGUUCCCCUCCUCUGUCCCAGCCCCGCGGUUUCUGAGGCGCCGCCGCUUCGGCACGUUCGCCAUGGAUGAUACCCUGUUCCAGUUGAAGUUCACAGCAAAACAGUUGGAGAAGUUGGCCAAGAAGGCUGAGAAGGACUCCAAGGCUGAGCAAGCCAAAGUCAAGAAGGCUCUUCAGCAGAAAAAUGUGGAGUGUGCUCGGGUCUAUGCUGAGAAUGCAAUUCGUAAAAAGAAUGAGGGUUUGAACUGGCUUCGAAUGUCUUCCCGUGUGGAUGCAGUGGCCUCCAAGGUCCAGACGGCUGUAACCAUGAAGGGGGUAACUAAGAAUAUGGCUCAGGUGACCAAGGCCCUGGAUAAAGCUCUCAAUACCAUGGACCUGCAGAAGGUAUCUGCUGUAAUGGAUAAAUUUGAACAGCAGGUUCAGAAUCUGGAUGUUCACACAUCGGUUAUGGAGGAUUCAAUGAGCUCUGCUACCACACUGACUACUCCUCAGGAACAGGUGGAUAGCCUUAUUGUUCAGAUUGCUGAGGAAAAUGGCCUGGAGGUCAUGGACCAACUUAGUCAGCUUCCUGAAGGGGCCUCUGCUGUAGGAGAGAGCUCUGUUAGGAGCCAGGAAGACCAACUAUCUCGAAGGUUGGCAGCCUUGCGGAAUUAAACUGUAUCUCAGCCUGAUGGACUGCUUUCCCUGCACUGAUCACGUCCUGGAAAGGGAGCGGGAGGAAAGCUCCACCCCCCACUCUUCCACAGCCUCUGCAAAGAGAAGCAGCCAACUCCUCCCUCCACUGUUGCCCUUUGCCCUGCCAGUCUGUGAUGGUGUUGGGAUUUACCCUUUUCUCUGGGUGCAGAUCUCGGUGUGGGGAGUGAGCUCUUGCCAUCCAUACGUACCUUGUUUCCGUGCCAGUGGACCGCUGCCGAAGCAUUGACAGACCCAGUGCAUCAUUUGGGUUUUGGUGUUGUCGACUGGGCUCUUGGUGGAGGUUGGGCCAUGCUGUCUGGAUUCUGACAUCUUCAGAGGAAUAUCUUUUCUGUACACUUGAAGGAAGACUGACUUGAUUUUAAUGCAACACUACUUGGUUAUUUUAGGGGCUUUAGGUAAUUAGACUCUUUGGUAUUGCUUCAUUUCCAAUAUAUUGCAUGUCUGGGUCCUAUCCCAUAUAAAGUUGAAUCAGCCCCUUCCAGAAAGAGCAGGGCAUCUUUGGCCAAGGCUACAUGCACCGACAGAUUUUCGUUUUGCAAAUAUCUAACUAAGAAAUGGACUCUACAGUGGGUGUGUGGCAGAAGCCCCCAACCUCCUUGGGCACUGACUGGGUACAGAAAGGGAUUCCUGGUUCUUGUGACUGAGUUGACUGCUGGGUGGGCCUCAGUGAUUCCUGUCCCCCCGGUGAUUCUAAUUGGUCAUAUUGGUGAGUUUGGCUUUGUGCAGAUCAAGUGACCCCUUAAAAAUUUUCCUCCCAGAGAGUGGUCUUUUAGGAAGGAACUCUCUUCCUCCCAUUGUUAAAGGUGUAGUCUCCCUGACCCAGACCAGACUUCGUUCAAAAUCUCUCACUUACUUGUUCAGCUGUUCCAUCGGAUGUAUUCCUUCAGUGAACAGUACGAGGGAGAACAGCUGAUUUCUGUGCUCUUAGGAACUGGGUCUGUUCUUGGGGGCAGGUUGGAGGAGACACAUGAAAAAUGGUAGUCCCUAAUAGACAAGGUAUCCCAGAAGUCUUAGUGUUGUUGUGAACUCUUGAGCUUAGAGCAGCCUAUUUUAAUAGCUUCCUUCCCCAAUUGGAAUCCUACAACUGGCUAUUAAGGCUUAGAAUGGCAGUAGGAUUUUUGGGACACACUGCAUAUAAGCCUUACCUUUCCUGGGUGACACUUGCCUAGGGAGUCCUGCUAUAGUCCCUGAAGAUACUGCAGUGGGUAUUUAUAAUCAUUUUUAAAAUCCCUUCUUAGGUUUUUAGAGAGAAGUGUUGUGGUUUACAUUUCAACUCUUACCAAAAAUUGGGUUAUUAAAAUUGAUUCAUAAUUCGAAUCUCUGCCAUAGGAUCGGUAGCUAAUGAUAAUGUAUGUUUAUAUGGCUCCUUUCCUCCUCAACAAACCAAGGAAAGCUCAUGACCUGAGGGAUGAGGGAGUGUUAAUAUUCCCUCAGACUGGGCGCCUCAGGAGAACAUUGCUAUUUAUCUAUAGAAGGUUCAAAAUACCUUCUUGUUGUUUGUGCCAUUUUGUUUAUUUUUUCCUUCUUCCAUUUAUUAGAAAUGGGAUUCUUAUUCUUUCUUCCCUCCCACUCCCCAUUGGCAGUUCCUCCAAGCCCCAUCUGCUCACAUCUGUUGUUUGUCUUGUGAAGGGACUCUACUUGGGACACUGGGCUUGUGAAGGUGGAUUUGGACAUUAUUCCACAGAUGUCAAUCAAUGAUAAAACUUUAGGGACUAUCUGCAGCUCUGAACCAUUGGAAGAAAAGCAAAAAAGUUUAAUAGUGUGCUUGGUUUUAUUAUUUUCCCCUCUUCUUCCCCUGCCCAAAUAGCUCUUUGCAGUCCUGCAGAAAAAAGUGAGCUCAGAGUAGUUUUCCUUCUGCUGAUACUCCAUUUUCUUGAAGCUUCAGAGUUUUUUUGACUUUUUUGUUUCUUGUCAGUGUGGAAGGAGCAGGCUGUUUGAAGUAAAUCUUUUUAGCAUCCCCACCCCAACACACAUACUCAGUAAGAUUGGUACUUGGAAAUGUCACCUUGUGCCUAUACAUGGCCAGCUUUCUCCUGUGUAGUCUUCAUCAAGGAUACCCAUAGGUAGGUUCCAAAUUGUCCGUGCUGCAUAGUAAGGGAAUUGUAUAUAUUUUUUAUGAGUUGUGUAUAGAUAUGUUUGAAAAUCUUUACUUUUGAUCCUUGUGGCCUUGGGAACAUCUGGAUUCAAUGUAAUAAAAAGGCCCCCUUAAGGAUUUCCUUCGAAGCUUGGAACUUGGAUGUUGGAUCAAAGCCUUUAGUGAGAGAGAGGCCCAAGAACCUUUUCUCUCUUGGGUGGGGGUGUGUACCAGUUAGUGUAAUCUAGAGAGAUUUCAGGCUUGUUUCUAAGGUGGUGGUGCCCUGCUUUUCCCACCAUUGGCUUGGAUCGUGGAUGUAGAGUUAGGAGCUCAGUGAUUUACCCAGGAUGGAUGCUCACUUUUGGAAACACUUCCACAGACUCCCCAGCCUUCAAGAAUGUAACUGAAAGCAUCAUGAGGAGAGAAUUGUAAUUGUUAAAAGGGCGGUCUCAGAAGCAUGGAGGAACCCGCAAUGUUAUUGAACUGUACCUUGUUUUAGGCCUAUACGAUCAGAGGCCUUCUGGGUUUGUCACCACUGAACCAGGUGAUAAGCCUGGUGCCCAGAGAGGCCCAGCACUGGAGGAUGUGGUGGGGUUCUUAUGUUCAUCAAAGGAACAGGCUAAUUUGCCUUAAAACAAUCAAUACUCUUAAUUUCCUACAGUGUCAUUUUAAGUAAACAAGUUCUUAUCCCUGAAA